AUGGCCGCCUCCACCCUGUCCGUCUGCUCCAGCGACCUCAGCUAUGCCGGCCGCGUCUGCCUGCCCGGUGCCUGCGACUCCUGCACUGACGACUCCUGGCAGGUGGACGAGUGCCCAGAGAGCUGCUGCGAGCCCUCCUGCUGUGCCCCGUCUUGCUGUGCCCCCUCCUGCUGCCAGCCUACCUCCUGUGUCCCUAGCUGCUGCUCCUCGUCCUGCUCCCGCCCCUCCUCCUGCGUGUCCCUCGUCUGCCGCCCCGUGUGCAGGCCCGCCUGCUGCGUGCCCGCCUCCUCCUGCUGUGCCCCCGCCGCCUCCUGCCAGCCCAGCCGCUGCCGCCCGGCCUCCUGCGUGUCCCUGCUCUGCCGCCCCGCGUGCUCCCGCGUGGCCUGCUGCGUCCCCGCCUCGGCCCAGAAGUCCUGCUGCUGA